AUGUCUCGCUUGCUGCAUCUCUUGAUUUGCCAACGUGGGCAGCACUUCCCAACCUCAUUUAUCCGGCUGGGAGGCCCCAUUUUCACAGGAUAUUUCUUAUACUCUUCCCAUUUCCCUCUUUCAAUAACCAGCAGCACCUUCAAUCUUUCUCCUCUGCCUUGCCGGCAUUCUAUCCUUAACAUCGAAGUUCUCCUUUGGUGUCCUUCUCCCACCAAACCUGCAGAACCCCGCCUUGCGGGCGGUGGCUUCUGCGCAGUCUUCGCGACAAUCAACUAUUCCUCACACCCAGCCUCGUCCACAAACACACGAAUUUCAAAUUUUGAUGAUUGUUUUGCCCCGCUCCCUGGAACUGACGAGACUUUCUUCCAAGAUGGAGUAGAAGACUAUUUGGAUCUCCGUCGCCUUGGUGGUGGCCUCGAGACUAGGGAGACCGCCACCAAGGCGACGGAGAUCCAGUCGUACUUCGAAGACACCGAGUCACUCCUGUUGCUUAACCAGCAAAAUACUACAUGCUUACCUACUGAUGAUUGCAUUACCCUAACCGGCGAUCCUGACUCAACUGGUGUCUGGACAUUUGAUUGGACCAACUCAUCGAACCUGCCAAAUUCCUGGGACCACAACUUGGACUUCUUCGAUCGAAGCAGAGACUAUUACGCUUCUGUUAACUCCAACGGGCGCUUAUUAGCCCCUGCUACUAUCGAAGGGUUUCCCUCCAACCUGCCCUGUAACCAGUGGCAACUUUCGUCUCCAAACGAGAACAACAUGAGUCGUCCUAUUGACCUUUCCGGACCAUGGAGUCAAUUCGGGACACUUCAUGUAACCACAAAUCGCUUUCCAAGCGAAACACUACCAGAGCUGGAUGCAUCAACAACAUUCUUCGCCAUGUCAGACUCAAAUUCUGAAACUGAUGCCAACACAUCAAGCACUACCGAGCAAACACGGUCCAAACUCACUGGGAAAUCGCCACAGCCCCUUACUUCUGGUCCAGGCGAAACAACUGCAACAAAGCAAAGUCCUUCAAUUGAUUGUACGUGGCCAAUGUGCAAAAAGUCAUUCCCUUCUCAAGCAGCGUACAACCACCACGCAAGAUAUCACACCAUGUCAUUCCAAUGUCCAUUAUGUCCCAAGCGACAAGCCACCAAGCGAGAGUACGAUCGCCAUAUCAACUCGGUGCACGUUCAUCGCGAAAAGUAUUACUGUCCUGUCGUUGGAUGUAGCCGUUCCGAGGCUGGAACCGGAAAACACUUUCCACGAGAAGAUGGGUGUAGUAGACAUAUGCUAAACAAGCAUGGUGUUAAGGCAGGGGAGAUGGAGUGUAGGAUGGAUGAGCAGACGAGGAGGAUUAGGAAGGAGAGGAAGGUGCGGAAGAAGAGAGGGGAUGAAUGA